AUGGAGGGCAAAAGACUGAUAGCCAGUAUCAGGAAGUUCCACAAAACGGCCAUAGUCAUCGUGUAUGAUCUUGGACUCACUUUGAAAGGUGCUGUGCGAGUAAAGCGAUGGUGUCAAGUGAUAUAUCGUCGAUUUCGUUUCGAAGACUAUCCAACAUAUUUUGAACAGCUGCACACGUUCCGGUGGAAGCCAGUUGUGAUAGCGGAGACUCUCAGAGAUUAUGGAGCGGUUUGGUACAUGGACACCUCUGUGAUUAUGGAGAAAGGAGAUCUUCGACAUGUGCAAGCCUUAGUAGCAUGCAAAGCUAAACCGCGUAUCAGUUUUCCGGUCUUGACAGCUGAACAACGUGACCUACGGGAGUCUCUGUGGAACAGUAGUUCUGGAUGGGAUACACUAGUGAAUAACCAGUUUCAGUCGUCCUAUUUACUACACAGCUUCACCGGCCAUGGCAUUUAUGCUGCAACUGAUCCAGCGCUAUACUCCUACUUUCCCGUAUCAAUCGAGGAUUUGAAAAAACCAAAGGCAAAGAUGUACGAAGCGGGAUUGGUGCUUGCCGUAAGAACACGUGAAACGACAGAGAAUAUUCUAAAAUGGAGUGUUCUCUGUGCUCUCGAAGAGAAUUGCAUGGGCACCCAAAUUGUUCCAAACACUUGCGACUUCAAUAGAAGUGACUACUAUACCUCAUUUGCUCGCUGUCACAGGUAUGAUCAAUCGGUUGUCAACGUUCUACUAGCCGACUCCUAUUAUUACGAUAGACACUACUAUUCAAGCGAAAUCACAGAUUUUUUUCGUAUUCAACGAUUCCUAACGCGUUCAGUGAGAAAUCGUGAACUGGAAUGCGCCUAG